GGCGCACGGCGCUUGGGCAGCCGCUAUCAUGGGUGCCGGUGCCUCCGUGCAGGAGCAAGAGGCCACCGAGCCCUCGACUUUGGCCCAGCUCCCGGACGCGGCGCGAAAAGAUGCCGUGCGGCUCUCCCAGAAGUUUGGUGGCGGCGGCGCGUUGCCCUCUGCGAGCGGCGUCUCUGUCCACGCCGCCGUGGAGACGGGCUCUCGGCUCGCGAAGCACACGCACGAGGCCGUGCUCGCGAUCUACAACCAGACCUUCGUGGGAACGGGGGGCAACGACGCCAUGACCGACGGCUGCCUCGCCUCGCGGUACGCGCUCGAGUUGUUGGGGGCCCACCACCGGGGAGACCCGACGAAUGCCGUCGUCGGGCUCUGCCUGGCGGAGGUCCAGCUGCGCUUCGGGCAGCUCCUGGGGGUCAUGGCGCAAAACAACGCGUUCGACGCCAUGGAGCAGGAAUUCUACGUGCUCGAGCCGCUUGGACUCAGCGAUGUGGUCACGGCCUUCGAAGAGGGCGUCCGGCAGCUGAAGGGCGCCCAGCGUCUCUUCGAAACGCACGCGGCUGCCGCGCAGCCGUUCGCCAUCGGCGCCUGCGCGGCGGCGCUGGGGGAACUGUACUACUGCUCUGGAUGCUCCGUUUUCCAUGGACGAACGGGUCCAUUCGACCUCGACGGGAUGGACGGUGCGGCGCAGUGCCUGGAGAGUCUGCGGCUCUCGGAGGAGGCGAUUGAGCUCCGCAAAGCGGCGGGGCUCGAGUCCACCGCCGAGACGGCCAAUAUUUGCAAGGACCUCGGAAAGGUCUACGGGUUCAUGGAGGAGAUGGUGGUCGAAGGCAUCAUUCUCGACGCCGGCGCCUAUGGCGACGCCGAUCAGCUCCACUCGCGGGCCGAGAAGUACCUACUCAAGGCGGCGGACAUCAAUAAGGUCAUGGGCUCGAGCGCAAGCACGGAUGCCAACCUCAUGCGCCUGAUGAAGAGCUCCGGCAUCAAGUGCCGCGAGACCGCGGAGAAGCGCGGCUUGCGCGUCGCCGAGCGCGUGGAGGAGGUCAUCGCGGAGCACGAGCUGGCGGCGGCGGUGGGCGAGACGCUCGGGGAAGCGCUGGAGAAGGAUCGCUUCAUCGCGCAGCUCGCGAGCGUCCUGGAAAAUCCGCAGACGGGGAAGCGCCUCAGUUCUGUGUCGAAGGACUUGCUUGCGUUCGGCUACCACGCCGACCAGGCCGGCCUGGAAGAGAGGAUAAUCGAAACCGCCAAGAACACGCUGCAGCCUCCGAUCAGCAAGGACGUGUGGAAGGCCUUUAAGAAAAGCCUGCUCAAGAGCAACAUCUGGUUUCGGCGCAGCACGAACGAGGCGGCAAAGGGCGAGCUCCUGUUCCACACGCUGCUGGCCGGGGCGGCGACGGAAAUCGAGACGAUAAACGCCGAGCUGGUGCGGUCCCUGGAGCCCUUCGCCACCGGGAUAGCCAGGCUCUCCGAGCCCGACUUGUUCCCCAACCAAAACGAGAUCCUCCGCCAGGACGAGCUGGACACGAACGAACCGGACUUUACGGCCGACCAGCUGCCGAACGAGGCCUCGCGGCAGUUCUACGACAUGAAGGUCUAUCUGCCUAAGCUCAUGUUGGUGGCGCGGAUGGUCAACGGAGAGUACCAGGCCUGGGUGGAGACAAACUUCAUGACGUUCGGGGAGGUUUUAUCCGGCCCAAUCAAGACGCUCGAGCGCGCCGAGGCCAAGGCCGAGAAUGACUACGGGGACAAGGCCUGGCCUACGUCGGCCCACAUCAUUGACCUGGUGCGAGCUCGUCUUGUAGUCAAUACGCCAGAGGAAAUGGAGGCGGCCGUCAAGAAGGCCCUCGCGCUCUGCGAGGACGCGCCGUCGAACAGCGGGCUCGUCGGGCUCGCUCGCCUCAAAAACUCCUUUCUCACCAAAACGGAGGGCUUCCGCGACAUAAAGUUGAGCAUCGCAUUUGCGAGCGAAGGCGUGAUGAUGGUCUGCGAGCUGGGGAUCUGCCUACGGGUGAUGGACGACUUUGGCCACAAGGUCCAUAUUCUGUACGAGGUCGAGCGGGAACGCACGUUCUACGAGGAGGUCGAGCAGAGGCUCGUGGAAAAGGGGGCUCUAUAAGUAAAUGUAAAUGAAGC